ACCUCAAUACUCGAAUUAAAAGGCAAAAACCAGUCUUCCUUUAGCACUUCCUUCUCCGUCUAUUACUUGUUCAUUCCUCGCUCUUGUUCGAUUCGCCAUGACGAAGCAGCAAGCUAAUUGGUCUCCAUACGAUAACAAUGGAGGAUCUGUUGUUGCAAUUGCUGGGGCUGAUUACUGUGUAAUCGCUGCCGACACACGAAUGUCAACCGGUUAUAGUAUUCUUACUCGCGAAUACUCUAAAAUCUGUCAACUAGCGGACAAGUCCUUUUUGGCUUCUUCAGGAUUUCAAGCUGAUGUGAGAGCCCUACAAAAACAGCUAGCUGCCAGGCACUUGAUAUAUCAACAUCAACACAACAAGCAAAUGAGCUGCCCCGCAAUGGGUCAACUGCUCUCGAACACCCUCUACUACAAACGUUUCUUCCCAUACUAUGCCUUUAACGUGUUAGGUGGUCUUGAUAAUGAAGGAAAGGGUUGUGUCUUCACUUAUGACGCUGUUGGUUCCUAUGAGAGGGUUGGAUAUAGCUCUCAAGGUUCUGGUUCCACACUCAUCAUGCCCUUUUUGGACAAUCAAUUGAAGUCUCCUAGCCCACUCCUGUUACCUGCACAGGAUGCUGUAACUCCUCUUUCAGAAGCUGAAGCAGUAGAUUUAGUCAAAACUGUUUUUGCAUCUGCAACCGAGAGGGAUAUAUACACGGGAGACAAGCUGGAAAUUGUUAUCCUCAAUGCUUCUGGUACUCAUCGUGAGUAUAUGGAGCUCCGGAAGGAUUGAUCUAAACGAGGAAAUGUGCUGUGGGUCGUGUGGCAGAAUACAUUGAAUUGCAGUAAUUCUAUGACUGGUUAUUCUGCUUUUCCCAUUGAAAGGAAAAUGUAGUAGCAAUAUAUGCUUUUCGUAUUUAGGGCAUGAAGUUAACUUUAAUGGUUCUUUUAAACAUUUAAAGAAGAGUUUGCCUCUUUGGCAUAAGAAUGACAUCCAUUUGUUAGAUUUCCUGAAUGAUGGAAAUCCUUUUGCGUUUUUUUAGUUGCCUUGUGACAUUAAUGAUCCAAAACAAGAGUAUUUUUGCA